AUGGACAAAGAAAAUGAAGCUCACGAGCAGGAUAGCCCUUACGAGUUUGGAGACAUUGUUUCCGCUCCAGGUGUGAGCAAAGGUGAUGGAGUCACGGACAGUCCUCGGGUAGAACGCGGUUCGCGUAGGCGAUCGUCGUUCGCUGGAAAGGGUAUCUUACGGGCUACUGAAGUCGCAGACUCUACAUGGCCGCCCGUGCCAGGAGUCUUGGAUGGGAAGCUUGACGAUGAUAGGGCGUUCGGGAACGAAAUUGAGGAUAACGGCGAUGGCGACGCGCAGGGGCACCAGAAGAAGCAAUCGCGGAAAUCACUCGGACGUAGAGUUAGCUUUGCGCCGCGAGCGCACGUUCGCCCCUUCACGAAAGACAGUGACAAGGCGGACAUGCCAUCUCCAAAUCAGCGCGUCUUCACAAUUCCGGACUUAUCCUCCAUCCGCCGAACAAGCGGGCACUACGAUAUUCAGCUGAGCCCUGGAAGUGACUUGAAAGGCGAGCAUCGAGACACGAGCUAUGAGAUUGAUCUAGCACCUCCUGCAGCACACCCGGAUUCUCCAUUACAUCGAUCGCAUAAUGAUUUCUCCAUUGACGCUUUGGCACCUACCGACGUCGGGAACGCGAAUACGAACCCGCCACCGCUGUCUUCAGAUCCCCAAGGAUCUGCUUCGCCAGCGAAAUCUAGCAAACGCCGACGCAAAUCCAUGCGGGACAGUAUCGCGGGCUUUUUCGAUAAUACCGGUACUGGCCCGAAGCAGCUUCGUAAUGUUCUGACCGACAUCACGGUGCAGGGUCCGGAUUUUGCGAAUGACGAGUGGGAUGAUGCUAGCGAUGACGACUCGGAGAUGGACAUCGAUGAAGAGACUGAAAAUGAGCAGGACGCCGAAGACGUUACUCGUCAUGAUGAGAGGGAUCAACAAUGGCCCGGCUAUCCGACUGCCGAUGUCCAUCCGGCGAACCCAGCCGAAGUGGAAACUCCAUCCAGUGCUGGUGAACUUUCUAUGAGCAUGGAUUUAGAAAUGUCACUCUCGCCAAAGGACUCGGUUGCGUUCGAAGCCGUGGCCGAAAGUCAGGAUGUCGGGGGAAGAUACGUCCGGCCUCAGCCUGUAUUAGAAGAAAGUGGCCCAGAGUCAUCGGUCAUCCCCAUCAAAUCACCGCGGAAGAGCCCUCGCCAGAAGAAAGCCCCGCUAAGGUUUGGGGAAUGGUUGUCACCCGGACCCAGCGUGUCCCCGGCACCAAAUACUGGCGAAAAGGGCAAAGCGAGAAUGGACGAUUCCGAGCUAUCGAACCAACCAUUAGCCAAACGAUUCAAGCACGUAGAUGAUACGAUCGCGGGAUUUUUCCCACGCGAGUUCCCAUCGGCUAAGCAGCAGCCAACUGUCGAGAAGCGUGCGGAGAUCAGGGUCCAGGCAGAUGACCAGGAAACAGCGCGGAGCAGUGCAGCGUUCUCACGUCUUUCGGCUGCGGAUGAUAAGGACGACACGAUCGGCCGGUUCUUCAAAACACCCGAAGGCGGAAAUGCCAGCGAGAAUGGCUUGGAUGCGGAUUCUUCCAGUGAAGACGAUGUUGGUGGGGGAGAGUUGGAUAUGGAAAUGACAAUGGACAUCACUCGCUGUGUUGGGAGAGGAAUACUGGCGCCCCUACCGGAUGAGGAUGACAAUACGGCCAACACGGUUGAGACUAUGUUGUCGGCGACGCCCACACAGUCGUUCGCACAGAGACGGCGUGAAUCGCUGAGAUCUCGUCGCUCGUCAAGUGCUUCAACGCCCUCAUCUCGUCAACCGGUAGAGGCGUCUCCAUUCGUGCCUAUCACAGAGCUAAAAGGCCUUCUUGGAGAUAAAAAAUGCGAAGUCCACAUUUCCGAGCCUGUGCCACGACACGAAUCUAACGUAAAGCCCAGUCCGCGAAAACCUCCUUCUACGCGAUCCUCGAACAUUGACUCGCCUGCGGUAAAAACACACGUUGAGAGUCCUGCCGAGCCAGCUGAAGACCUGGAUGAUGCAGGAUCGUUUAUCGGCGACCAAAACUUCGAAGAUGAUAUCAUGAACGAACCGUCCAUGGUGGAAGAAUCGUUUAUGGAGGAGGCGAAGAGCAUAACCUCAGUGCGCGAGUUCCUGCAAGCGACUGGAAUCUACUUUCAGGACAGCUUGACGACCGGUUUCCGGCGUGAAUCUCAGGCGUAUUUGCAUACUGAAAAACCUACGGACCUCGAGUACUACACAGCGGCUUUGGUGUGGUCCUGCGAGUUGGACACAUAUGAGUUUGGUUGCACAGAACUGCAGAAGAUCAUUGACGACGUGAGAGAGGAAAUAACGCAUGCUGAAGCCGAGGCAGCCGCCAAUCCUCCACCAAUCUUUUUUGACGCAUGCGAAGGCACUGUGAAUGAGCUGACGGAGAUUCAGCGUCAAUUGAAAGCAGCCCGAUCGUUUACAAGGACAGAAGCGAAGGAGUACUGGCACGCUUGGCGGAGUCAACACCUUGACAAUCUCGUGGAGUUUUUCACGGCGCAUCUGGAAUUCCUGCGUAAGGAUUGGAGAAAAAUCCAAAGGAUGGCUUCUCGGGUUUCAGACAUGAAUACAAAUGGAGAGAAAGUAGUGGCAGACUUGCGCCGCCAAGUGGAAGAGACUAGGCAAAGAGUGCAAAAUGAAGAGAAGGAAGUGACGGAGAAGCUCCGAGCCUUGAAUGAAGAGCGCGAAGAACAACAAGAGCAGAUCGCCCAAAUUCGUGCGGAGUGUGAUCGACUACGACAGCUUUGUGACGAGGAGCAGAUCCGGGAGCAACAGCUGGCAAAUGACAAGAUCGAAAUGACCAAUGCUAUCCGCAAGGCGGAAGAUAUUUGCAGAGACCUUAUGAUAUUUGAUCCCGUAGAACUGGCUACACUUCGAGAUGAAUACAAGCUCCUCGCCACUAUGUUUUCAUGGACCUCGUCCCACGCAUCACCGUCCAAGCACGUGCUUAUAUACGACCAAGUGAUUCAAGUAGCGCUCACGAAAGUUGAAUCUAACAAGCUGCAUGUGGAAUUAUCUGUUGUGGAAGAGCCGAAGUCAUCGUAUCAUUAUCACAAAGUCCUCUCAACGAUCAAGCAACACGAGUCACAUCCCACCGUUGCUGCGUUUGGACGGGCAAAGAUCGCGAACAUCCUGCGACGGGAGCAGGAUGUCAUUGGGCUCUGCGGAGGUCCUGCGGACAUCGGCCGGGUGAUGACCCACGUGGCCAACGUGUGGAAUACGUUACGGGAUUUCCACAAUGAAGUCGAAGUCGCUCGCGACGAAUACCUGCUGGAUUACGCCGACAACGAGGCAGUUCCAUUUACCAGCCCUCACCCUACAAGGCAACAGUCAUCCCCGAUCCCUUUCAACGCCAGUGUUGCCGUCACCACUUCCAUAUUUUGCCGGCAAUCGCGAACCCGGUUCCGUGUCGCUUUCGGCGUUCCUGUGGCACCAUCAGGAGCGUUGGCUCUGGCGAAGGCGUGGGCGUCGGAAGCCCAGGUCAUUUAUGGGCGGAUCAGUUUCGAGCAAGUUGGAGCCGUCGUCGCCGAAGAGCUUGAGGACCGUAAACGCCAAGCCAGCACGCCGUCUACUUCCGGCAAGUUGCUGCGGGCGCUGCGACGGCUGGAACAUCUCGCUGCGGGUCGUUGA